CCACGUGCGUUUUGUUUGGCCCUCCGCCGGCACUAAAUUUAAGGGAAAUUACCUGAAAUUUUAAGGAUUCUCUGAAAACCAAGACACCAGCCACUUAGAAACCAUGGUCUUCUUCACGUGCAACAUCUGCGGCGAGUCGGUGAAGAAGCCGGCGGUAGAGAAGCACUACCAGAUGCGGUGUCGCGGGAACGAGAAGAACGUGUCCUGCAUGGACUGCCUGAAGGACUUCUACGGCGAUGAGUACGUGGCCCACACCAAGUGCAUCUCCGAGGCCCAGAAGUACGCCAGCCAAAACGGCAGCUUCUCCGCCAAGGAGCCGCGCAACAAAAAUGCUCAAAAGCAGGAGAGCUGGAUGGACAUCAUCCGUGCGAUCCUCGACAGCAGCGAGUACAAUCUCACGGGGCCUGUGAGAUCGGCCUUCCAGAAGCUCCAGAGCGUCGACAAUGUGCCGCGCAAGAGGGCCAAGUUCGAGAACUUUGUGGCCAACUGCAUUAAGAUUCCCCGUCAACAGGCCACCCAGGUGUGGGACAUCCUGGAGAAGGAGAUGAACAAGAUGAAGGAGGCCAAGCAGGCGGAGCUGGCCAGGGAGAAGGCGGAAAAGGAGCAGCAGAAGAAGGAUGCUGAGGUGGAGGAGCCACCCAAGAAGGCGGAAAAGAAGCAGAAGCAGAAAGAUGCUGAGGAGGAGGCGCCACCCAAGAAGAAGGCCAAACUGGAGGCCACCGAGGAUGCUGCUCCCGAGGAGAGCACCAAUGGCAUCUCCACCGAAUUUGAUUGGCCUGCCCAGCUAACCAAGCUCGUUGCCAAGGAGACUGAUGGUAUUUUCCUGGAAAAGCUGCGGAAGAAGCUGCUCAAGAAGUACACCAAGCAUCUCUCCGUCGAGGACUUGACAGAAAAGCAGGCCAAGAAGUUCCAGAAACGCUUUGACAAGCAACUCAAGCUCGCCGACUCCCUACAGGUAGAUGGCGAUACGGUCAAGAUUGCUAGUUAACCAAGUAUCCCACCUUAGUCAUAGUUAAUUUACAUCGAAGGACAAUAAACGU